CUGGGAUCCCCCCCACAUCCCAUCUCAGCUCUGCUGGUGCCCCUCACUCCCCACCCGCAGGAGCCCCUAGAUCUGUAUGGGGAACAGUUGUGGGUGCAGUUCCAGGGUUGGCCAGCAGGGGUUGCUCUUACCAGACCAGGACUUGCCUAGGCCAAGGGGGUCAGAGUCCCCCCGGGUUCUGACUGGGGUUACGUGGGGCGCAGCGUUAGGCUCAAAGCCUCAUAUGGAUUUUCAGGGGUCCCACCCGUAAGCCCCUCGGGCUGAGCCCCCUUCUCUGGUUGUGUGUGUGCAUUUGUGAGUCUGCCUGUGUGUCCGACGGUGUGUGGGGCUUGUGUCCAUGAGUGUGUCUCUGUCACUAGUGGUUUGUGGUUUGUGGUGGCGAGUUGUUGCUGUGUGAGUGUCUGUCAGUCAUCGUUGUGCAUGGAAGAUUGUGUGUGUGUGUGUCGGUUUUGUUGGCGGAUGUGUGAUCGUCUCUCUCUGUGUAUUGAUUGUUGUGGUGUAUGUGUGUGAUUGUGCAUCUCUGCGUAUCAGUUGCCCUGGUGUGAUUGCGCAGCUCUUUGUGGGUAUCAGUUGUCAUUGUGUGUGUCUGAUUUUGUGUGUAUGUGUAUGUCAGCUGUUGUGGUGUGUGUGCGAUUGUCUCUAUGUGUAUCAGUUCUCGUGGUGUGUGUGUGUGAUUGUGUAUGCCUGCUUAUGUAGUAGUUGUCAUGGUGUGUGUGAUUGUGUAGCUGUGUGUAUCAGAUGUCACGUUGUGCGUUCAGUUGUGCAUCACUGUGUGUAUCAGCUGUCGUGGUAUGUGUGCGACGGUGUAUUUCUCUGUGUGUAUCGGUUGUCAUGGUGUGUGUCUGAUGCUGUGUCUCUAGGUGUCUGUUAGGUGGUGUGUGCAGUUGUUUGUCAGUGUGUCUGUGUGUGUGACUGUGCAUCUGUUUGCGCAAUUGUCUACCUGUGUCAGUUGGGGGGGGGAUUGUGCACCUCUGUGUCUGCCAAUUGUCAGGGUGAGGAGGUGCCUCUGUGUAUCAGUUGUCCUAGUGUGUGUGUCUGGCCAGCUCUGUGUUGUGGUGUGUGUACCCCCUACAGCCCCCCCCUUACAGCCAAUCUCUGCGUCACAUCGGGCCCCGCCCCCUCCAUUCCCCCCAGCGCCCCAAGGGUUAACCCCUGGAGCAGGCGAAUUGGAAUGACAACACACGCUGUGUGUGUGUGAGCUACACCCGGCCUGCCUGUGCGGGGGGGGGGGCUACACCCGGCCUGUGACAAUGUGUCUCUAUCUGUGCAUCGGGAGCCGAUUUGCCCAUGGCCAAUAACCAGCCAGCAACUGUCCGACUGUACAAACCCCCCCCGCACACCCUCCCUCCCUCCUCCGCCUGUUGGCAGCAGGGAGGGUGUGAAACAGGCGCAGGGGAGGUGUAGCCUGGGCAGUUUCAGCAGAAAAAGAGCUGGGAUGGAUCCGGGAACUGGCUGGCUGGAUUAAACCGGGGAGGGGGGGGGAAGCUUGGGGUCCCCCCCUUGCACCCCUGGACUGGGGCUACACACACAUACACACACACGGCGGUUGUGCAUCCACCGAUCCAGGAAGCAGAACAGCGCAUUCCAGAGAGGAAAGACAUUGGGGUCGGGGGCUCAUGGCUCUUAGCCUGGCCUGACCCUGCCCCCCUGGCCCCAGCAUGGAGGUCAAAGGGCAGCUCAUCACCUCUUCCAGCUACAGCUCUGCAGAUGCACUGGGGUGGGAACCCGGUGCCCGGCUGCGGCUGCAGGAGCUGCUGGAACGGCAGCGGGGCCUGCGGGAGGCGCUGGGCCUGCGGGUCGCUGAGCUGCGCCGGCUGUGUCUGCAGGAGGCCGAGCUGACAGGGAAGCUGCCCCCCGAGUACCCACUGGAGCCAGGGGAGAGACCCCACCUCAUCCGGAGAAGAGCGGUGCCUGCCCACCGGGGACCUGGAGCCGAGGCGCUGGCGUGGGAGCUGUGCCGGGAGCUGGCUGUGCAGCGGCAGGUGGUGGAGGCUGCUCGGCGCCUGGCCCUGGCCCCGGAGCUGACGGAGCAGCAGCGGCGCCGGCGCCGGCAGGUCCAGGCCGAGGCUGCCCAGCGGCUGCGGGAGCUGGAGGGGCAGCUGGGGGAGAUGCGGGCCCGGCUGGGGGCGCCCCGGGGAGCGCACGAUGAGGCGUUCACCUCCGAGAACAGCUCCCUCUCUGAAGCGGCCAGUCACGAGAACGAUGACCCCCACGGUUUCCAGCCACCCAAGGGGGGCCCCUCAUCCCCCCGCAGCCGGGAUCACCUCCGCACCGUGUCCGGCAGUCCCGACCGCCGGCCUGGCUGGCGAGGGCCCCCCACGGAGCUGGGCGGGGGGGCCGCCAGCCGCCGCAGCUCGCUAGCCAGUCCUACCAGCCCGAACCGGACCCUGCCCCGGAGCGUGUCCAGCUUUGAGGGCCGGAGCGUCCCAGCGACCCCGGUUCUGACCCGGAACAUCUGCAGUGGGAGCCAGAACGUCAGGCCAGAUGCCCCCCCAGCCACCCGCCAGUGGUCAGGGAGCCAGGACUCCCAGCUUGGCCCCCCCAGCCGGGACCCCAGCGCUGACCGGGCCCCCCCAGCCUUCACCGCCCGCACCCGCCGCAGCAACAGCUCGGAGGCCCUGAUUGAGCGAGGGGCUCCCCCCGAAGACCCCCCCUUCCGCGGCCCUCCCCGGCCCCCCUACGCUGAGAUCCUGUUGGACUAUUACCUGGAGCGCCAGGGCUGGCCGGCGGGGGAUCACCUUUCACGCCGCGACGCCCCCCCGCCACCUGGCUGGGGAUACCCCGAGAGCCCCCUGCCACGCCGGGCGGGACGUGCCAAGUCCUGCGGGCCCCCUCCCCAGAGCCAGCGGCCCCCAGCCCCCCAGUGCCCGCCCCGGGCCGUCCACAAAGCCUUGGCCCUGGAGGGGCUCCGGAACUGGUACCUGCGUAACGCUGGGGGAGUGGGGGGGGGCCCGCCCCCACCCCGGGACAGGAGAGGGGGACCCCCCCGCGGCUGGCCCGAACCCCACCCCCGGCCGGAGACGGGGGGCUACCUGCCCCAUUCGCUGAGCUACGCUGGGCAGCCACUGCAGGGCAGACCCUUUGCAGACCUCCUCUACCUGGACGGGCCCAGCGCCCCCUCCCCCGGCCUGGGGCCCCCCCUGGAUGUGGAGAGACACCCCCCAGGGACGCUGGUCUGACCUCCUGGGCCGGGGGGGGGGGGGCAGAGACAGCCAGGGGUUAAUGUCACAAGCUGGGGGGACACUCCCCUGCUGGACAGGGGGGUGUGUGGCGUCAGGCAGAUUGGGGGGGGGAGAUGCACAUAUUUCCCCCGCACACUAGGGUGGUGUGGGGCACGGAUUCCCCCCAUGGGCUGAGACAUGCCCCCAGCAACCUCAAUCUGCCCCGCCCACAUUUAGAUAUGGGGGGCAGGUCCUGGCUGGGGAAUCAGCCACCUACUGAACCCCCAUUACCACCGGCACUAACUGCCCCCCCAAAGCCCUCCCCCUUCUAAAAGUCUGGACAGAUAGGGCAGGGGGGCUAUCAGCUCCCUGACCCCCCCCAUAUUCCCUCCCCUGCACCUGGCCAUUCCCCCCCAGCACCAUAUCCCCCUCCCCACAUCCAGUAAGCCUCUCCUAAAACAGUCCCCUCCUCCCCCCCCAUCUGGCUCAUUUAGGAAACGAACUCAAACUCGACAUUCCAGCCCCGGCCAGUGGAUUUUCCUUUCAAAGUUGCACAUGAAACAAGGUCACUUUUUUUUCCCCUUUUCCUACUGGAUUUUAUUUCGGGGGAAGUGGGGUGGGGGGAUGGGGACUGUAGCCCCCCCCCCAGGUCCCGCGUGCAUACCCACCUCCCCUGGGCCAUGUGUUAGUAGCGACAGGCACCAACAUGCGACGGGCUCUGGGCCUCGACUUUGUCCCGUUCCCAGCGCGUGGAUUGUAGUGGGAAUUUCUAUGGCGAAUGUCAAACGGGUCACGGUGCAGAACGGGGUUUGUAUAAUACAGAGCGCAGAGGCAAG